AUGAGACGUUUAUUAAAAGGAAUUCUCAUUUUCAUCGCCGCUGUCAAUCUCGUGGCAUUUCUAGUCGGGUUGGCUAUUGGAAUUAUACGCGACGACUUCCUCAUAUUGUCCGUCGCUCUCACAACUCUCGGUUUAUUCGGCAUGACACUUUCAGCAGUGGUCUGGUGUAUCCAAUCUUCAAAAGCCAAGAAAUGCAUCAAGAGGCGAGAGCAGAUGCCGGAGGAGCUCAUCACUCGAGAUACUACUGAGGCGGUGAUGAGGAAUAUACGCGGAAUCCCGUUCUUGAUUCAGGCUAUCCAAUAUUCAAUGGAGACAUCUUAUUAUCGUGAUGUCAUGAAUGUCUUGAAUGACGGAAUCGUUCGCACUUCGGUAAUUCAUACCGCACCAGCUUGCACUAGCAUUUUGGAUUCUGAUAGCGAGCAUGAAGAGGAAAAACCACGGGCCACGCCGAGAAACUCGCGAAACUCGGCCGAAGAGCAAUGGCUCGCACAUGGCGAGAAAUGGCGCAACGAGCAGCUGAGAUUGUCAAUGGAAAGAGAGAAUCCGCAUUUAGUGGUUUUUCCGUAUAGCGAGGCUUCACCGCACCGCGACUCCAUGAACAAUAUGGACGCACUUGUUCAUGAAUUCUCUCGCCUUGACAGUAUUAAGAGACCACAUAGCACCGGAAAAAAGAAGAAUGCUCACAACCACUUUCAAGUUCGCUGCAUUGGAAUGUCUGCUGAAUUUAUUGAACGAUUCAAUAAAUAA